AUGAGUGGAACUGAAAAAGCUUAUGAAACUGAAGAAGCUUCUGGAUCUGAAGAAGCUUCUGGAACUGAAGAAGCUUCUAGAACGGAAGAAGCUUCUGAAAAAGCUGCUGGAAGUGAAAAAGCUUCUGGAACUGAAGAAGCUUCUGGAACUGGAGAAGCUUUUGGAACUGAAGAAGCUUUUGGAACUGAAGAAGCUUUUGGAACUGAAGAAGCUUCUACAACAGAAGAAGCUUCUGAAAAAGCUGCUGGAAGUGAUAAAAAUGCUAGAAGUGGUGAAGCUGCUGGAAGUGAUGAAGCUGCUGGAAGUGAUGAAGCUGCUGGAAUUGAAGAAGCUGCUGGAAGUGAUGAAGCUGCUGGAAGUGAUGAAGCUGCUGGAAGUGAAGAAGCUGCUGGAAGUGAUGAAGUUGCUGGAAGUGAAGAAGCUGCUGGAAGUGAUGAAGCUGCUGGAAGUGGUGAAGCUGCUGGAAGUGGUGAAGCUGCUGGAAGUGAUGAAGCUGCUGGAAGUGAUGAAGCUGCUGGAAGUGAUUAA